AUGCUUAUUCGUGUUUUAUCGCAGGUGGAUAGUUUUACAGCUCCGUUAUCGCUUUGGCUUGGUCUGCCUGCUGCACCGCUCAUUACCCUACAUCGAACGAUUGAGAAUUUUAAGCCAUCAUAUCGAGAGAAACUGGAUACGUUGCCAUGGUGGAUUGCGUGUCAGCAUUUGUCGGCUUCUAGGAUCACUGAUAUCAUCGAAAAUGCUUACUUCUUGAGCAAAGUGAUGCUCCGAGGCUUGUCGUCUUUCCCACAAAUCGAAAUUCUCGGUGUUGAAAAUCCAGCGGAAUUUGCGAAUCGUGUUUAUAAAGGCAGCUAUGCACCGCUUACAGUCCUGAUUUUCAAAUACAAAUAUCCGGAGCUGGAAGAAGCCAAAAAAGUAAGGUUUAGUUUCCCAGUAAAAUAA